CUUCUCCUCACUUACAUACACCAAACCUGCUCGGCGCUUCAACCUCAUGCUCGUCGCGGAACAUACACAGAGGCGGCCACGAUGUCCGUCUGGAACCCAGAGAAUGUCAUCGACGUCGCGGAAUCAGUAGGCAUCGCAUCUCUGAACAAAGAUGUCGUGGAGCACCUGGCACGAGACGUGGAGUACCGCAUGAGCCAGGUUUUGAACGAGGCUCUCAAGUUUAUGCGACACGCCAAGCGUACGACCCUCACCACACAAGAUGUCUCGCAAGCGCUGCGAUUGCUGGACGUGGAACCGCUCUAUGGCUACGAGAGCACGCGACCACUGCGCUUCGGCGAAGCGAGCAUUGGGCCGGGACAGCCACUGUUCUAUGUGGAAGAUGAGGAGGUGGAUUUCGAGAAGCUGAUCAAUGCGCCUCUGCCGAGAGUGCCGCGAGAGAUGAGCUUCACGGCGCAUUGGCUGGCUGUUGAAGGUGUGCAGCCUAGUAUUCCGCAGAACCCGCUUACGGACCCACGGUCGGCGGAGCUCGCUGCGAAAGGCUCUGGUGCAAACUCUACGCUCGCGGCUAUCAGCGGAAAUGAUAACGUCUCCGUCAAGCCGUUGGUCAAGCAUGUUUUGUCGAAGGAGCUGCAGCUUUACUUUGAGAGGAUAUGCAGUGCUGUGCUUGACGAGGGCAACGACGAGUACCGCUCGGCAGCUUUCGUGUCACUACGCACAGAUACUGGCUUGCACCAACUGGUGCCAUACUUUGUCCAAUUUGCGGCAGACAAGGUAACCCACAACCUGAAGAGCAUCUUCGUCCUUAGCCAGACCAUGCAGCUGCUCGACGCAUUGCUCGACAACAAGAGUUUAUACCUUGCGCCCUACGUGCCUGGCAUCAUACCCUCGGUACUUACGUGUUUGAUCGGCAAGCAUCUCGGCUCGCCUGCACAGGAUGGAGCAACCACACAUUUCGCACUACGCGACUACGCAGCAUCCCUGCUGAGCAAGAUUGCACGUCAGUACGCCUCCAGCUCUUCCACGCUUAAGCCCAGGAUCGCACGAAGUUGUCUAAAGAGUUUCCUCGACUCCCACAAACCGUACGGUACUCACUACGGCGCCAUCCUCGGCUUGACAAUGAUUGCCGGCGCUGAAGGCGUGCGUGCGCUCAUCUUGCCGAACCUCAAGGCGUACGACAUGCAUCUACUGGAAGGCAUGAACGACGACUCGAAGAAGGAGCAGGCGGAGUAUGUCGUGCAAGCGCUUAUGCGCGCGUUGGAGAUGCUGGAGGAGGAUGUGGUCGCUAUGGAGGGCUUGACGCAGACGAACGGCCAUCCCGAAGGCGAAGCGCUGAGUGAGCGCCUCGUGGACGCUGUAGGUGGCGUUCUCGCACCAAGGAUAUUGGCAAGUGGCCGGCAGAGUUUCAUCAGUGCUGCAUUGGAGAAGGAUCUUGACGUCUAGGGGACGCCGGAUGGGACCGAUGAUUCUCGUGGCAGUAGUGAGACGAUUAGGCACGAGAGUGUCGCGAGCGCCGUAUCGAGUGUUACUCUUGGGCCUGAAUGAGGGUUUAGCGAGGUGUUGGUGGGAAGCUUUUUGGGUACGUCACUGCUCGAUGUAUAUUGUCUUUGGCGGCUGAGCUGCUUAUGUCUGCAUAUCACUGUACUAUCCAGUGCCAUCACGGCGCGGCUGUUGACGAUAACACGCAAACGGCC